AAUUCAAAUCCCUUUAUCCAUUCCUCGCUCACUCGGCCAUGUCUCUCUUCUUCCCCAAUCCUCUGAACCUCUCCAACUCAAUCCACCCGAUUCCUCGCCGCGCCGCCGGAAUCGCCUCCACUCGGUGCUCAAUCUCCGCGCCGGAGAAGAAGCCCAGGAGGAGGAGGAAGCAGAUUCAGAAGCGCGAGAAUGAAGACCCCUCAACCUUCGGCAGCAGCGAAGCCGUCUCGGCGCUGGAGAGGAGUCUCCGCCUCACUUUCAUGGACGAGCUCAUGGAGCGAUCCAGGAAUCGAGAUCCGUCGGGCGUGUCCGAGGUUAUCUACGACAUGAUAGCCGCUGGGCUUACCCCUGGCCCACGCUCUUUCCAUGGCCUUGUUGUGGCUCACGCGCUUAACGGCGACGAGCAAGGCGCGAUGCACUCCCUGAGAAAGGAGCUGGGUGCAGGCCAACGUCCACUUCCUGAAACCAUGAUUGCUCUGGUUAGACUCUCUGGUUCCAAAGGAAAUGCACAAAGAGGUCUAGAGCUUCUCGCCGCUAUGGAAAAGCUUAACUAUGACAUUCGUCAAGCUUGGCUAAUUCUUGUUGAGGAACUAGUGAGGACCAACCACUUGGAAGAGGCGAAUAAAGUUUUCUUGAAGGGUGCUAGAGGUGGGAUGAGAGCAACCGAUCAGCUUUAUGAUCUGAUGAUUGAGGAAGAUUGCAAAGCUGGAGAUCAUUCUAAUGCCUUGGACAUUUCUUACGAAAUGGAGGCAGCUGGUAGAUUCGCCACAACGUUUCAUUUCAACUGUCUUCUUAGUGUGCAGGCUACUUGUGGGAUUCCAGAGGUAGCUUAUGCUACAUUUGAGAAUAUGGAGUAUGGUGAAGAUUUUAUGAAGCCUGACACCGAUACAUAUAACUGGGUGAUUCAAGCAUAUACAAGAGCUGAUUCAUAUGAUAGGGUUCAAGAUGUUGCUGAGUUACUUGGAAUGAUGGUUGAGGAUCACAAGCGUGUACAGCCGAAUGUGAAGACUCAUGCGCUUUUAGUUGAGUGCUUUACGAAAUAUUGUGUUGUGAAGGAAGCGAUAAGACACUUUCGUGCUCUGAAAAACUUUGAAGGAGGAACAAAAGUUUUACACAAUGCAGGGAACUUUGAGGAUCCUCUCUCUUUAUAUCUCCGAGCAUUGUGUCGAGAAGGUAGAAUUGUUGAGCUUAUUGAUGCUUUAGAUGCAAUGCGCAAAGAUAACCAACCUAUCCCUCCAAGGGCCAUGAUUAUGAGCAGAAAAUACAGGACACUAGUCAGCUCAUGGAUCGAGCCGUUGCAAGAAGAAGCCGAACUUGGUUAUGAGAUUGAUUAUCUAGCAAGGUACGUAGAGGAAGGGGGGCUCACCGGUGACCGCAAGCGUUGGGUGCCUCGAAGAGGGAAAACUCCUUUAGACCCCGAUGCUGCUGGAUUUAUAUACUCAAACCCUAUUGAAACAUCUUUCAAACAGAGAUGUCUUGAUGACUGGAAAGUUCACCAUAGGAAGCUCUUGAGGACCUUACAGAGCGAAGGUCUUCCAGUUCUAGGAGACGCGUCGGAAUCUGAUUACAUGAGAGUGAUGGAGAGGUUAAGGAACAUAAUCAGAGGUCCUGCGCAGAAUCUGUUGAAGCCGAAAGCAGCAAGCAAGAUGGUUGUAUCAGAGUUGAAGGAAGAACUUGAAGCUCAGGGUUUACCAAUUGAUGGAACGAGAAAUGUUCUUUACCAGCGUGUUCAAAAAGCAAGGAGGAUUAACAAGUCUCGAGGUCGACCUCUCUGGGUUCCUCCAAUAGAAGAAGAGGAGGAGGAGGUGGAUGAAGAAGUAGAUGAAUUAAUAUGUAGAAUCAAGCUACAUGAAGGAGACACAGAGUUCUGGAAACGCCGGUUUCUUGGAGAAGGAUUGAUUGAAACUACGGCUGAAUCCAAGGAAACGGAUGAAUCAUCAGUAGAUACAGGUGAGAUUGUGAAUAAGACUGAAGAUAUUGCAAAAGGAGCCGAUGAAGAUGAGUCUGAGGAUGAGGAGGAACAGGAAGGGGAUGAGGAUGAUGAUGAAAACGAAGAGGAAGAAGAAGUGGUGGUUGCAGAACCUGAGAACCGAGCAGAAGGAGAGGAUUUAGUAAAGAAUAAAGCAGCUGACGCUAAGAGGCAUCUCCAAAUGAUUGGAGUCCAGCUCUUGAAAGAAUCCGAUGAAGCAAACAGGACAAAGAAACGCGGGAAGAGGGCGUCCCGUAUGACACUCGAGGAUGAUGCAGAUGAGGAUUGGUUCCCUGAGGAACCAUUUGAAGCGUUCAAAGAGAUGAGGGAAAGGAAAGUUUUUGAUGUUUCGGACAUGUAUACAAUAGCAGACGUUUGGGGUUGGACAUGGGAGAAGGAUUUUAAGAACAAAACUCCAAGGAGAUGGUCACAAGAAUGGGAAGUGGAGUUGGCAAUUGUGCUCAUGGCUAAGGUGAUUGACUUGGGUGGAGUUCCAACGAUUGGUGACUGUGCGGUGAUAUUACGAGCUGCUGUAAGAGCUCCCAUGCCUUCAGCCUUCUUGAAGAUCUUGCAGACCACACACAGUCUUGGCUACGCUUUUGGCAGCCCAUUAUACGAUGAGAUCAUCACGUUGUGCUUGGAUCUUGGAGAACUUGAUGCGGCCAUUGCUAUAGUUGCUGAUAUGGAAACCACGGGGAUCACUGUCCCUGACCAAACUCUUGACAAGGUCAUAUCUGCUAGACAGUCCAAUGAGAUUCCUAAGUCUGAGCAUGAAGAGCCACCACCAUCAUCAGAAAGCUCUUAGUAUCUUCUUACUGUGAAGGUCCUGUAUAAGUAACAGAAAUAGCAAGAUGCAGCUGUAUCAGUUUUAGUUAUGAAAGUUUUGUUUUUAGAAAAAAUACAAUCCAGAGAAAAUUUAAUAUAAGUACUAGUGUAGUUCCGAGUGUAGAACAGUCUAUAAUUUAAAAUUUUGCUUGUAUCCCA